CCUCCAUAUAUCAUGGGUUAGAAUUAAAGCCAGCUCUUGCUUCGACAUGCAUAUAUAGGUUUCUAACGAGAGAUAUCCAAAGACCACCGACAGAUCAACUCAUCAUGCCACUGGAGGAGUGGACCCGGCUGGACGCAGACAGCUUCGAUGGUUUAGCAGGGAAAAUAAUUGAUUUCCUGGAGGAUACGAGCAACACAAGUACGGUGAUCUAUGUGGAGGGCGCCGUUGGAUUGGGGUCAUCCACCAUCCUCAAAGAGGUGGCUAAGCGACUGAGGGCCGAGAAGCUGAAGAUCAUCCAUGUGGACUGCUCGCUGUGGCAAAGCAAGAGGGCCCUGCAGAAGGCCAUUGCGCAGGAGCUGGAGCUUCCUUGGUCGGUGAUGGCCUUGUUCGACCACCACGACGAGGAGGACGAUUUCGACGGCGUGGAGCAGGGCGCUAGAGGGGUGAUACCAGAUGUCACGCGGGCGAUUUUUAGUAACCUUGCCACCAGCCGCACGUUCCUAGUGGUCUUCCACAACGGCGGCGGUGGCUUCAUCGAUCUACAGGAGUGUGGCGUCCCUUUGAUAAAGGGGCUCUACCUGUGGACGUCCCAGGUCAGGUUUGGGCCCUGGCACGGCCGCCCUACUCUUCCCCCGCAGGAGGUUGUUGGACCGAGUGAUGCUGCCAUCUUCGCUCUUUUGAUCGGUGGGUUGUACCUGUUGCAUGAGGAGGCUGCGGAGGUUGCCAGGUACACCGGUGUCCCCAAGCCUGGCAUGAGCCCCGAGGUUGUCAAGGAGUGCAUCAACUACUACAAGGUGGUGAGAUUGGUAUGUGGCAACAACCAUGGCAUUGACUGGGCCACCCACGCAGCUAACUUGUGGGUGUGCAGCGGGAUCAUACAAUCCUAUGGCGGUAUGCCGGCAUGGGAGAUUGCGCAGGCUCUGCAAACCAACCUAAGAUUGGAUUGGGAUGACCAUCUCAAUACUAACAAGUGGAAACUACAAAAACUACAAAUAGUGCCUUGUGAUUCUGUGGAGGCAUCCUUCUUCUGGACUACAUCUCUUGGCAACAAUGACGCAACUACAGGCUGUAGUGAAACACUAGAGGCCAAAAUAUUCCAACACUCAUCUGUUGACAAGCUGCGUGUGAUACAUCUCUGCUGGUGUACAUUCAGUUUUGCAUCUCCGCCCUUCCUCCACUGCAGCAGCCUAAGUUUUCUCCUACUUGACCAUUGCAAAGACAGCGACCAUGAGAAUAAUGAGUCAAUAGCACCAAGGAUGACAGCGUGUUUCCAAAAACUAUGGGUGUUGGAGCUGAGUUACACAGACUGGUAUUGGUUGCUAUCGACAGAGGCACUACAGCUAAUGGUUGAGCUCAGGGAGCUCAAUCUAAAGGGAAUCAAGCAUUGGAGCAUAAGCCAUCUAAGCCAUGAUGAUAACAAUGCUAACUCUAGUGCCGGAAGAAAGACCAAGCUCAGGAUGCUCAACCUUGUCAAGCUCCGAGUCACAGCCGAACCAACAGAAGAUCUACAUGAAUCACCACUAGAGCGGGAGGAAGAGUCAGAAGAAGCAAUAUUAAUAUUCCCCAAUCUAUCUAGCUGGAGAUUAACCCUCAGUACAAUCAUUCUUGAAGGUUGUGUUGAGUUGAAGCGAAUUGGCCCUCAUGUGCUGCCGCCAUCACUAGAGUCAUUUAGCUUCUCUAGCAGCAGCAAUGAUAAUGCCCAAGUCUCGGCCAAUAUAGAGAGCAUCUCCUUCCAGGGAUGUGCCCAGUUGAAGAGUUUUUUGCUGAGAGGGCUGUUUGAGAAACUGCUGGAGCUGGACAUGUCUGGCACAUCUGUUAAAACCAUCGACUUACGUGCAAUGCGUGGCACUUGGUCCCUCGAGAAGCUCUUUCUAUUGGGAUGUGUGGAGCUUCGUGCAAUACUAUGGCCCGAACAAUAUGUAAGGUUGGAGGUUUUGCACAUCGACGCUACUAGGUCAGACAUCAGACAUGGUGCAGAUGUAGCAGCAUCAUCAUCAACACCUUCUAGCUUUAAAUGGCAUAUUUCCUUGAGGGACAGAAGGCUACUUCGCUCACUAAAUGAUGUAAAUUCUUCCUCGGGUAACCUAUGCAUCGAGAUUUCAUCUCUUGGUAGUAAUAGUAUUGUUCAUGUUGCUAGUGAUGAUUGUUGUGAAAUAAUAAGCAAGAGCAAGCCUGCUAUAAUUAUCGGGGCCGCUGGCAGCAAAAUCCGGCAGCGGCAGCAACAAUCAGCUGCUGAAAGCAACAAGUUAUAUGCAGAUGUCGACUUGAACGCCCAACAACAACACCUGCAGCUGCAAGCAACCAUGCAUGGCAACUUGAUGUGGCCUUGCGAACUGGGGGGCAACACCACUCACUACAUCAGCUUAAAAGAUGAGAGAAGGAUGUCAUCGCCACUGCCUUUGCCAAGUUCCAUGUGUGAAACAGCUUUAGGCCUGCAUGUCCAUGACAGCAUAUCCAUCACAAGUAUCACCAGCCAUUCAAACAUGGCACUGAGAUGGCGUAACAUCAGGUGGUGCAGAGUUGAGAGAUGCCCCAACAUAGAAGGCGUUGUUUUCACUCCACCUUCUGUUACUAGUAUUGGUGAGUCCAUUUUUAUGUGUCUGAAGACAUUCUGGGCAUCCCAACUAGCAAGGGUGAGAUGCAUCUGGGACUGGCGCACAAGGGGCCAGCUGCGUUUUAAGCCUGGAUAUAGUUCAUUUCAAGACCUGCAAGCGCUACACCUGGACUGCUGUCCUAGGUUGAUAUUUGUGCUCCCCUUAUAUUACAAGAACAAUUUCUACGCGUGCCGUAUGUUGGAAACCCUUGAGAUUGUGUGCUGCGGUGACCUCAAGGAUGUCUUUUCAGUGGUUGAGAAUCAAGCUAGAGAAUUCCCAGCGCUGAGGCGCAUCCACCUUCACGAUCUGCCCUCCCUGCAGACCAUCUGCGGGCAAAGGAUGGUGGCGCCCAAGCUGGAGACCAUCAAAAUCCGUGGCUGCUGGGGCCUCACCCGUCUACCUGCUGUUGGUCAUGACAGCACCUGCAAGCCCAACGUGGAGUGCGAGAAGGAAUGGUGGGAUGCCCUGCAGUGGGAUGGGUUGGAGAAGGGACACCAUCCUUCCCUCUACGAGCCCACCCACCCGCUCUACUAUAAGAACAAGAACCUGUCCAGAGGCUCCGUUAUCAGGUGAUUCAUUCAUCCUUCGCCUUUGAGCGGUUCUGUCCCUUGGGUUGUUUUAUCGUUUUGCAAGACAAUAAAUAAUGAUGAUGAGUACGUACGUCUCCACCCGGUGGCCAGCCACUCGUCAUCGAUUAUGUUAAUUUCUGCUUGGUUUUGUUUCACGUAUGCAUCAUCUUUCUUUUUUUCUUUUUUUUUUGGAUGAGAAUAUGCAUUAUCUUUCUGGAUAGAUGAUCAUACGUACAGAUGACAGCUUUGAUCUACAGCUGAUCGAUCUGGUGUGCUAGCUAGAGAUCACUGAUCGAAUAAAUCAUCAGCAUCAGUAGCAUGAGAAGAUCUAGUCGGUGCACAACUCAUGCAUGUACACCGUACCUCUCAUUUCUCAUUCAGCUGAGUUUGUGUUUGUGUGAUUUCUCAAGACAUAUAUGGACUGACCUCAUCAGGGUGUUUACUACUCUACUUGGCGUGUAUGAGUCCAAACAAUGAUGAUUAUGUGUGUGAUUGUAUUGAUAAAAAAAAAUGUCGUGACAUUUAUAUGUAUCAGUUAUUCUAUACAUUGCUCUGUUAUUUGGAAAGCAUAAGUUCUGCUCUCGCGUUGAUGGAUAUGUAAAGUAUUGUUGUGC